UGUCAGUGGUAGAGGGAGGGAGCAGAGUUGGGUGUGUGAUGGGAUGAAACCGACCUGGUAGACAAGGCAGCAAAAAAGAAAAAAAAUCUGUAUCACUGGGAAAACUGUGACAAGUGGAUUUUAAAAAAAUCAACUGGAUUUUAUAAUACAAGAGGUGAUAGAGGUGUUUUCUCUUUUGAAUAUUUGCAUUGAAAGAAGAAUAAUAUUCCUGCAGUGAAUCCGGAAUAAAGAAUGUACAGAAGAAAGAAGGAAUAUAGUAGGUCCGAUACCUGAGCUGCGUAUAACCAAGAUGGAAAAUUGGUAGACAAAUGCAUUAUAUGACUGGAAAGAACUUCUGAUAUUCGCAAUUAUUAUAAUUUUGCAUGGGGUAUAAUUAAAAAAUGCCAACCUGCAAACCAGAAGAAAUGUACUGUAUUGAUGGUUCCCGGCGAGAUGCAGUCUUGGAGAACUUCUACACAAUUGGCCAGGAGCUUGGAAGGGGUGCCACCUCUACAGUAUUUAAAUGUGAAGAAAAGGGAACCAAAAAGCUAUAUGCUGCUAAAAUAAUUAAAAAAACAAUUGAUCUAAAAAUUGCGAGAACAGAAAUUGGAGUACUGCUACAUCUCUCACAUCCAAAUAUUAUUAAAUUAAAGGAUAUCUUUGAAACUCCUUCAGAAUUCACUUUAAUUCUUGAACUAGUGACAGGUGGAGAACUAUUUGACAGAAUAGUAGAACGUGGUUAUUACAGCGAACGGGAUGCUGCCUGUGUUGUAAGGCAGAUUCUUGAAGCAGUAGCCUAUCUACAUGGAACUGGAGUUGUUCAUCGGGAUCUAAAGCCAGAUAAUCUUUUAUAUGCAGACAUGACUCCUGACUCCCUUUUAAAAAUUGCCGACUUCGGACUGUCCAAAAUUGUUGAUGACCAGGUAGCCAUGAAGACCAUGUGUGGUACUCCAGGAUACUGUGCACCAGAAAUUUUACUUGGCUUACCUUAUGGGCCAGAAGUGGAUAUGUGGUCUGUUGGAGUCAUUACAUACAUUUUAUUAUGUGGUUUCGAACCGUUUUUUGACCCCCGGGGUGAUCAAUACAUGUACAGCAAAAUCCUAAAUUGUGACUUUGACUUCAUGUCUCCCUGGUGGGAUGAAAUCUCCCUAAACGCUAUGGAUUUGGUAAAAAAAUUGAUUGUAUUGGAUGCAAAAAAAAGAAUGACAGUCUCUCAAGCUUUGCAACACCCAUGGGUAACUGGAAAGGCAGCUAAGUUUUCCCAUAUGGACCAUACACAAAAGAAACUACUGGAGUUCAAUGCUAGGCGCAAACUAAAGGCAGCUGUAAAAGCCGUAGUUGCUUCAAGUCGUUUAGGAAAUCAUGGCCACCAUGAGAAUUCAAGAAAUAUACAAAGCCCUGAAAAUAUAAGAUGGUCUGAGAGCUCACAAGAAGAGGCUUCAAGAUCCUGUGUGACAAAAGUCUCGGGAACUGUGAUGGCCAAAGCAUCGGCCAAAACUGAACAAAAAGUGUCUUCAGUUAGUGCACAAGUGAUGAAUGCAAGAAAAAGCUAAAAUGCUAGCAGGAAGAUAUUCUGCAGCCAGUAUGAUUUUGUACACUUUUCUCUUUUUUAUCGAUUAUAUGCCCAUAUGUUGCUCAUUUUCCCUAACUAGCAUGGUAAUCACAACAGUUAUAGUGUCUAAUUACCUCUAUGCACAUUUGUUUAAUUAAUAUAGGUAUUUUCUUAUAACAAUAUACAGUACAUCUUCAAUUUUUUUUUUAAACUGAAAUAAUUCUAAUUCAAAUAUUUCUUAAAUGGGGCAUAUUGCAGACUUAGAAGCCAAGAAUAGCAGAGGAUAACCUAACUACCCUGGGCCCUGAAUAAAAAUAUUUUGGGCCCCCCAUCCUCUAUGUACAAACUACAAUUCAUUUAAUGCAUCCUUCUAGGAAUGCUACUAUUAUGUAGUGAGUUACUGGACUAUAAUUCAAUGGGAAAAAAAUGCCUCAAGUUCCUUGAGGGGUGAGGAAGGUGUAUGGAAAUCUACUUUACACUCUGAUGCCUAAAUAUUGUGUUUGGAGAGGCCAUAUUUCAAAUUCACCCUUGUAUUCAUGAAACCACUCUUUAAUAUGUUUAAAAGUGUGCAUGGUGACAUUAUUAUCGAAACACCAUAAGGAAACAACAGCUGUAAUUGUGUACUCAUUUGAUAAUUUGAUUACCUUGUCCAUUCUAUCAGGGUCGGCUCUUGGGGGCCCUGCCGGCUCAGAUCCGCACCCAGAUCCAAAAUUUGUAAGUUUCUUCGUGCCGCGACCUUCGUUUGUCGGGCGGUCACAGCAAAAACAUUGCACGCCAGCUUAGCGAGGGAGGCUGGAGGGGGGGCGCUGCCCCCAUGGGCCCCCCACUCCGACCCUGCUUUUUAUAUCCCAGUGAAUAAAAUGUCCCUGGUACAUUUCUUACUCCAUCA